AUGGCCGUCCGACCUCAGUCCCCCCACUCCGUCGUCAGUGCCGCAUGCCAGAAACCCGCUUCCGCACCCUUGUCCCACCAUCCCGAAACUCAACCUCUAGAACGAACUGCACCUCAUUCUCACCUUAGUAACCUAGCCCUGUCCGAUAGACUUUUUGUUGAAAUCUAA